AUGAAGAUACAGACAAACGCCGUAAAUGUUCUUCAACGGACAUCUGCCUACCUGAAAUCAGGGUUGUUGAAAGAAACUCCUGCAUGGUACAAUGUCGUGGCAUCCAUCCCACCAUCCACUAAGUUUACCCGUGAACCUCGAUUUAAGAACCCCUCCAACGGGCGCAUCAUAGGGAAGCUUGUUGACGUAGCAGAAAGGCAGCAAGCUAACGCUAAUGGACUUUACAAGACAAGACCCAACCACAACGACAGGAGGGUAGGCGUGAAAAAACUGUACAAGCCUCCAAAGCUAACCUACGUGGAGGACAGGCUUAGAGUUCUUUUUUACAAGCAACACCCUUGGGAGCUGUCAAGACCCAAGAUUUUAGUGGAGAAUGAAGUCGGUGAUGAAAAUUACGAUUGGAGCCAUAUGCUUCAACUAGGAAAAUCAUUGGAUGGAGAAAGCGUCAUUCAGCGGACCAUGCACUUACUCAAAACACAACAGUACAAGGACAUGGUCGAGGCAUACGACCACGCAAGAUACGAAUUCUAUGCGUUGAGGAUGCAAGAAGAAACGCAACAGCAAGUAGCAUUGGAAGAGGCAGAGAUGUUCGGAUCCAUCUUCGGAGUUUCAUCCAUCGAGCAUGGUAUACAAAAGGAACAAGAGGUCCUCGACGUGUGGGAAAAGAAGGUCAUUGAAGAAACCGAACUAAUGGCAGCAAGGUCGAGCAAUCCUGCUGGGUCUUGGAAGGACGACGCUACAUUGGACACGGCGCAAGACGAAGAGCCCGCCACGACAGAGAACCUCCACUUCUAG